AUGUCUUCUUGGCAGCAGCAGACGAUCCAGCACCUGCCUCAGAAGGCCCAGCAGCAGGUGAAGCAGCCCUGUCAGCCACCCUCUGUCAGGUGUCAGGAGAUGUGUGCACCCCAAAUCAAAGAUCCAUGUGCUCCCCAGCCCAAGAAGCAAUACCCACCCAAGGGCACAGCCAUGCCCACCCAACCACCAAGUGCUCCUCGGCCCAACAAGCCCCAAGAGUAA